AUGCCCAAGUCGAAGCGUGCCAAGAUAGUUCCGCUUACGAAGACACGCGCGCAGACGCGUGAGAACAAGGAUGAGCUCAUCAACCGGAUUCGCGAGGCCCUGGACGACUACACAGAUGUGUACACGUUCCAGCUCUCCAAUAUCCGCACAAACAUCCUGCAACAGAUCCGCGAGGAGCGCAAGGCAGACAGCCGUCUCUUCCUUGGCAACAACAAGCUGCUCAUGGUCGCGCUGGGCCGCGAUGAGGAGAGUUCGCAGCGCCCUAAUCUGCACAAGCUGAGCAAGUUCCUCGUGGGCUCCUGUGGCCUGUUAUUCACAAACCUACCCAAGAAGGAGGUGAAGAGCUACUUCGCCUCAGUCGGUGCGCAGGUGUACGCGCGCACGGGGCAGACAGCGACUAGCUCUCUAGUGUUGCACGCCGGUCCGCUGCCACAGUUUCCACACAGCAUGUUUGACCACCUGUCGAAGCUCGGUUUGCCCAUUAAACUCGACAAGGGUGUGAUUGUUCUCUUGCAGGACACGACCGUCUGCGAGCCCAACGAUACCCUCAGCGUGGAGGCUGCACAGCUGCUGAAACUGUUCGGCGUUCAGUCGGCGGAGUUUAGGAUUGACCUCACAGCACACUGGGCAAAUGGCGUCUCCAGCAAAAUUUCCAGCCGGAAGGAGGAGAAGUAA